AUGAAGUAUAGCCUACGUAAAUCAUUUAGCUCUCGUCGACAAAAAGAAAUUGUUGAUGAUGAUCACCUUUAUCCACGUAUUGAUCCUAAUGGUUUUUCAAAUUCAAAUUCAAAUUUAGUAAAAUCAAAACAAUCAAAAAGUUUUCUAAGACAACGACGUCGUUGUUCAUCAUCUUCACCACCACCUUCAUCAUUAUCAGAUAGAACAAAAUUGAAAACAUCUGAACAUGCUAAUAAUAAUCACAUGAAUCAUAUUGAUGGUGAUGAUGAUGAUGAUCCAUUUUCACUACCAUCAAAUACCAAGACUCGUGUACGUCCAUUGGAUAAAUUAACAUAUCAAAUUCGAAAAUCAUUUCGAAAUACUUUAACACGACAACGUCCUCGACUUGAAAGUACAAAUUCAAAUAAACAUUUAAUAUUAAAAAAACAUGAUGACAAUCUGCCAGUAGAAACAAUUAUUCCGCCAAUAUCAACAGGUCUUACAUCACCGAUUGUCUUACCAAACGAAACAACAUCAACAAAAGAAAAUGAGAAAAUAAAAAUUUCACCAAAACGACGAAAAGCACCAUUAGCACCAACACAUAUUUAUCAAUCAAUGUCUGUACCAAAUCAAAAUUGUUCAACACUUUGUGAAACUGAAAAUAAUGAAUUUGAUUGUGUUUCAUCAUCAAAUGAUCAACAACAAAAAUCAUUAACAAAGAAAACCAAAUUUAAUCAAUCAUUUCGUACACGUCUAUCUCUUUUACUUCAAAAAAGUCAUAUAAAACAACAACAACAACAACAACAUAUAAAAAUACAGAAUUGUAUUGAUGAAGAUCCUGACUAUCAACAUCAUGAUGAUCACGACGACAUAAAUCAUAAAAAACUAACACUUAGUCAACGAUUUGAUACUUUGAGGCGUUCAUUUCAUCUUGGUAAUCGUAAUUCAGUAAGUAAAGGUAAACGCCAUUUACUUUCAAAUGAAUGA